CUUCCUGUGGUUGGGUGUUUACUUGUCAUUUGUUUGCAGUUUUGUUUCCCAGCUACCACCAAAGCCCAGGCUGGCCACCUUCUUGACCCGGGUUUGAAGUCAGCGCCGCGAGGGGUGCCCAAGUCCGCGCGCCAAGCCCUGCACCGGCCGGGCCAUCUGCGGUCGCCUUCGCGGUCCCGCGUUUACCUGAUUAUAGGGUUGCAAAAUGAGUUGACCAAAUGUGGGAUCUUGAAGAACAUGAAUGACUAUGAAGAGUUUUGGAAGCUGAUUCAGGAGGAAGCUAAUGGAACAGAAAUCAAAGAAAAGCUCCAGAAGAUAAAAGUUAAAAUGUUGGACCCCAGAUACUGGCCUCUGGCAGCUCACAGGAGAAGAGAAACCAGGUCUUUGGUCAGUGCUAAUCAGGAUAACUGGCCCUGUCAGAAGAAAUGGAUAUCUUCUCUGGAACCAGUACCAUGUCCAUCUCAAGCACAAGAAGAAUUUCAGCAGCCAGCUCCCAGGGACCUUGUUUCUCAGCUUACUGAGUGGAGGAAGAGAUGCCAACAUCGAGAGCCUGCAGGAAAACACCCCCAAGGACAGGAAGAGAACCAGAUGGCCAGCAAAAUGAACAAGAAGGAUUCCCGAAGUAAGAUAUAUCUUAGACGCUUGCAUCAAAUGUAUUCUACCUCCCUUGCUAACAUGGAAUUCUCCAGAAGGCUGCUGGAGAAGGACGGUCGCUUCGCAGAUGUGCACAUCGAGGGCAGAGCUGGAGGUCUGAAGAAGGACUACAUGAUCCUAGAUGAGCACAGAGAGCCAGAAGAAGCUAUGCCCAGGGAGACAGAGGCAGGAGACCCACUGCCUGCAGGCCAGCAGCCUCACAGCCAGCUUGCCCUCACCUUCUUGAAAUGCUGGAGCUCAGGAUGUACGUGGAGAGAUUCCUCCUGCAAAACAAGUGAGCCCCAAGUGACCCUGUGUGGCAUGCUUAAACAUCCGAAGCACCGGAGAAGUGAUCCUGAUCCUCCCAGGGUGACUGCAGCUCCUGAUGUCCCUGCACCCCUGACCUUGGAGCACAUGACUCUAACCCAUCGUGUUGUGGAGGCUAAGACAGGAAGACGAUACUGGAUUAACUAUGUGGAUGAAGAAUAAGGCUAUAAUGUCAGUAGUAAAUGGGAAGGAUAAAGAAAUGCUGACAUUCCCAAACAAAUGAGGAAAUGAAAACUUUUUAAAAAAUUCAAAAUCAUGAUAAACAAUGCCAUCAAAUGAACCAGUGGAUACUUAAAUGCUUCGAUAAUAUCUUCCUUAUAAAUGUAAAAAUUUCAUUUGGAAACCUAGAAACAUAAACAAGACCAGUAGAAGUAGGUACCAGCAAAAUAGGACAGCACAGCCAGGUAAUGGAGAUUAUAGACAUAGAAAAUGUGAUACACAAGAUUAACAUGGCUAAAUGAACUUUAUAAUGAAGUUUUAAACUAUGAGUAAGGAGCAGGGGGACUGGGAAAUGAAUUUAGAGUGUUUGAAAAAGAAUGAGAUAGAAACUCUAGAGUGGAAAACAUAAUAUGUGAUUAGAUACUCAACGAGUGGUUGAAAGUAAGGUAGGCGACUUCUGGGAGAACAUGGUGGACAAAUAACAGCAGCCACUGAGGCUCUCUGAGAUUACCAGUUUAGAAUCCAGGAGCGGUGCCAUGUGAGGAGUCCUAUGUGAGGGGAGAUGUACCCUGCUGACCCAAGAACAAAGUAAGCUGAGAGAAACCAACUGGAAAUGCAAUCUUGAUGCUAUAACAGGAACAGAUAAAAUCUCAGUGCGGAAGCUGGAUCCCAUGCCAUUGGAAGCCAUGAUUUGAAUUUCCUGCUGCCGAUACUGCGUCCCAAUCUGCAUGGCAGGGAGAGAGACGUGUGAAAGCUCUGAGAGCUGGAAUCGGACCAAAUGGCAUUGAGAGAGGGACUGGCAGGGAGCCCUGCAUCGACCUGCGGUGAGUGAGAGAAAUGGGGACCCUUUCAUAGACUAGGAGGCUCCAACAGAGGACAUUCUGGGAACAGCAGACUAGCCGGAACAGGGUCCUGCAGUGACUUUAGUCGCAUAUUCCCCUCUCUAGCAGGAGUGGUGGGGAGUGCUUGGCUUGGUGACACCGUGGACUAAGAUCCAGUAGGCUAGCCCAAAUCAGGUCCCUGCGCCUGGCGGUGCUCGCUAGCAGUGAAGCAUUCAGUAGGUUGAUCUGGAGGGAUGGGCCCAGCAGAGGCUGCUCAGGUCUGUGUCUCCCUAGUACACUGCAGUGGGCAAGAACACCUAGCUGGCAGAUUCAAACAACUGCAACAGACAAAGAGAAAAAAAAAAAAAAAAAAAAACUGGGCCUCCUACAUAUACUUGUAUGGAAAGAACAAAAAGUAUGGGAAAAGGGAGCAACAAGAAAGGGUCCUCAGUCCCCAAUCCUGAGAACACUGAUCCAGGAAAGGUAAAUGCAAAGGAGGACAGAAAACAUGCAAUAUCAAACACGGCACCAAUAGACAUAAAGCGAUAUCUCCGGAGCCUCAUAGACGAGUUCAAAAGUGAAAUAUUUAACAAAAUAAAGCAAGAAAUAAGUAGAAUAGUUAAAGAAAUGCUAAGCAUCACCCAAGAAAAAACAGAUGGUGGAAUGGAAGAACAGAAAAAAAGGGGAGAAUUGUUUGAUGGAGAAAAUAGAGAAAACAUAGAAUACGUGAAGCAGGUUCACAGAGAUUACCAGGAAACUGAAAACUCUAUUGAAAGCUGGCAUAACAGCUUGAAAGAAACUAAGGAUAGAUUAUCAGAAGUGGAGGACAGAUUUGUAAGGUGGGAGCAUGAAAUGAAAAACUUCUUAAAAAUAACAAGAAAACAAACAGCAAUAAUACAAAGACUAGAAGAUGAUAAGAGGAUCUAUAACUUAAGAAUUAAGAACAUAAAAGAAGAAGUAGGGACUCAAACAAAUGAACUACAAAAGCUAUUCACAGAAAUAAUCCAGGAGAAUUUCCCUAAUUUAGCAAAAGGUAAAGAUACUCAGAUGUAUGAGGCAUACAGGACCCCAGCCACCUACAACCCAAACAGAGCUAUAUCCAGGCAUAUAAUAAUCAAAAUUCCAGAAAUCCAAUAUAAGUACAGAAUUUUAAAAGCCAUCAGAGACAAGAAACAGAUCACUUACAAGGGAACACCCAUCAGAAUUACAGCAGACUUCCUGGCACAAACCAUCAAAUCACGAAGAGCGUGGGGGGAAAUAGUUCAAGCUUUGAAAGAUAAUAACCUCCAGCCAAGAUUGAUAUAUCCUGCACAACUGUCCCUAGAAAUUGAUGGAAAAACAAGGUGCUUCCAGGAUAAAGAGGAACUAGGGGAAUUUGCAACCACCAAUUCAACUCUACAGAGAUUACUGCAGGAUAUUCUAAAAAAGAGAAAUACCAAGAUUCCACAAUGAAUGAAGCAGAAAGCUUCACGGCCACAAUGAAUGAAGCAGAAAGCAAAAUGAAGAGGACAAACUGACAACUAAUGACAGAAAAAGAGCUCAACAGAAAUGAGGCAGAGAAGACUGGAUGGUAGGAGCAACCAUUUUGGAGAAAACAAGACAUCAUAAUAGGUAGUGCUGAUUUAAUAUCCUCUUGUUUUGAAGUCCCAUCAAGCUUUUGUUCUUCUGUGUCCAUUGGUUUUAACGUGUUGUAUCUUAUUAGAUUUUAUUAUAUGUGAUAAUAUAAACAAAAACUUUUAUAGACAAGGAGAUUAUACAGAAACCAUUGUUUAUUUUCUGUUAGUUGAUUCUAAAUACCCUGUAAUACUGUCAUUCUCUUGAAUGGUUUUACAUUGUGGUAUGUUUGAUGCUACAGUAUACGAAGUUAUACCCAAAGAUUUUAAGGGAAGAGACACUAUGGUAACUACUAUUAUGUCGAGAUUAUCUUGUGGUGAAACACUAUUUUGCUUAAAUGGCUAUGUUUUUGACCUCACUGUUUUGUUGUUAUGCCCUCUUUUUUUUUUAUCUCAAUCUCCUUUUUAUUAUCUACUUUUUCAUUUUUCAUUUUUAUCCUUUUAAUUAAGGGAAAAAUAAAUAGCAGAAUAUGUUAUAGUAACUCACUUUGAUUUCCUGUUAACUUGAUUUGAAACUCUGUAUUGCUCUCACCAUCUUGUUUUGACUGAUUUUCCUCCAUUCUGUUAUGCUAGAUAGUACCAAGUUUGAAAGUAUAGGCAACAACUAUGAAGACAAUAAGAUUCAUUGUGAUGCCCAUUCUGGUUGAUUAUUAUCUUCUUUUGAAGUCCUCUUUACUGUUACUUUAUUCUUUACUCUUUUGUUCAAUUUUAUUAUAACUGAUGAUAUAGGCAAUUCUUUUUAACAUAACAAGAGACAUUAUGGUAACCAUUGUUGAUCACCUUGUAUUUUGUUUUUACAUUAUGUAUUAUGUCCAUCUUUUUGAUGUGACUGAAUCUGUCCUGGUAUGUCACAUUUGGUUUUACUUUCUUCAAAAAAAAAAAAAGUAAUAAGAACUGUGGGAGUAAUAAAACCCAAAAUGUGUAAUUGUCAUUGUACAAAA